AUGUAUAAAUUCUACUUCUCAUUUUGUAUGGCUUCCUCUAAACCAUGGCCCGAGCGCAUGGUCCUCAGAGUUGUACUCGGCAAUGAAUGGACUCGAAUGAAACAUCAGCAAUUACUGCACAUGGACUUCGAACUGGUGUACGUGCCUGCUGGCGCCAAGCAGCCGUAUACACCAAUGGGUAUAUAA